UCUCUCAAAAAGUAGAGAAGCUUACAUCACUCUGUUUUUGCGAAGCUCCAAACCCCUAAAGCUGCCCUUAUUUAUAGCCUCACGUUUUCACUCUCAUUUGUCCAAUUCUUCUUUCACAUUUUGCUCAUUUUCUCACUUGUCUCUCUCUACACUCUUUGCUUUGUUCAUACACCCAUGGAAUCAUUUAACUUUCUCAAAUUCUGGCGUACUACCGCCGCUGUUAGGGAUAUUGACUCUGAUUUUGAUUCUGUUAAAAAGUUCGCCGAUACUGUGGAUUAUAAAGGGAAUCCGGCACCAAUAGAGAGUACUGAUGAAGAAAUUGAUAACGAUGAGGAUUCAUUUUUCGAUUUGGUACUUACGGGGAUUAAUGGAUACCCAAAAGAAAUUAACUCCUCCAACUCUGUUUCUGAAAAGAGUUGUCCGGUAAAGCAGGGGAAGGGAAAGUUGAACUCGCCGGAGUCCCCUAGAGAUGUUUUUUUUACACCUAACACGAAACCUCAAUCCCCGAACUCGGUACUCCGAUCAUCUCCCAAGUUUGCCGUAUGCUUUUUAGGGUUCAGGAAAUCAAAGCCGGAGAGAGUGAUCAUUGACGAUUCUUCUACGGUGACUCAGAAGAUUCAAACCCAAAAAUUCAAGGUGGAAGAUAGGGAAUCUUCAAUUAACAACUCGUCAAAGCAAUUUGCAAGAGCUGAUAUGGGAAAGUAUUUGAAAUUGAUGAAGCCUCUCUACUCAAGAGCUUCGAAAAGGUUCACCGAGAAAAAUCAAUUAUCAUCUUCUUCGUUAGUGCAAUCAUUGAGCUCACCAAGGAUUUCAUCAGAAGAGAAACACGGAAACAGAGUCGCUGUACUUGAAGCUGUCCGUAAACGGCUAGGGAAAAGCCGGUCGACAGCUUCUUCCUUCGCCGGAGCUUCAAUUUUGCCGAUGAAUCGCCGAGACGAUUCACUCCUGGAGCAAAAUGACGGAAUCCAAGGCGCUAUUCUACAUUGCAAGAGAUCAUACAGUUCAGCCCGAAAAGACUGUUCGGUGUUAUUAUCAAGAAAUACAAAUGAAGAUCUGCCAAGAGCCUCUUGUGAAGACCAUAAUCGAUGGAGUAUCUAAAUAAAAUAUCUAUGAGUUUGUCAAUAUUUUGAAACUAAAUUAGAUAGAAUCAGAGGAUUUGUCUUGUUCCUAUUGUUGAUGAUAUCAUUAUAGAGUAAUUUUGUUUCUCACUGUUUAGAAAAAAGUAGUAUGAUUUUCGAUGUAAAGUGAUUGAGUAACAAGAGGGAGUUGUGAUUUUUUAUAAAAGAUCUUUUA